AUGCCAAUUACCUCUGGAGCACCCGCCCACGGCAACCCAGCACAUCUGCUGCCACCAUCCUGGACCAGCGUCAUCAGCGUCUGGCUAGCUGAAGACACACCAUCCUUUGACUAUGGCGGUUUUGUCGUAGGCGCUGCACCCGCCACUGCCCGUCUUCUCGCCAAGUCUCCUGGUAUCCUUGCUGGUGUUCCUUUCGUGGAUGAGAUCUUCAAGCAAUUGGAGUGUAAAGUGGAGUGGUUGGUCAAGGAAGGCGAUCUCGUAGGACAGAAUGGAAAGCAGCAUGUAGCCACAGUCACAGGACCUACACGGAACCUGUUGUUGGGUGAGAGAGUAGCUUUGAAUGUGGUCGCCAGGUGUUCAGGCAUUGCUACGAAGUAUGUAUCUACCUGUUUCUUCCUCCAGUCUCAUCGCAAGAAGCUAACACCGCAACAGANNUCCCACUCCCUCCUCACCCUCCUCCGCAACGCUGGCUACAAAAACACCCUCGCCGGCACCAGAAAAACCACUCCCGGUUUCCGCCUCGUCGAAAAGUACGGCAUGAUCGUCGGUGGCUGCGACCCCCACCGUCAAGACCUAUCCACCAUGACAAUGCUCAAAGACAACCACAUCUGGGCCUGCAACAACAACAUCGCCACCGCCGUCUCCGCCGCAAAAGCCGCAGGUGGUUUCGCCAUCAAGGUAGAAGUGGAAUGCCAAUCACUCAACGAAGCAGAGCAAGCAUGCGACGCAGGUGCCGAUGUGGUAAUGCUGGACAACUUUACACCCGAAGAGAUGAAGAAGGCAGCAAGAAGUCUAAAGGAGAAAUACGGCAGUGGGCCUAGAGGGCCUUUGGUUGAGGUUAGCGGUGGCUUGACUGAGGAUAAUGUGAGCGAUUAUGUUAGUGAUGAUGUGGAUGUUAUUUCGUCGAGUAGUAUCCAUCAGGGUACUAAGCAUGUGGAUUUCUCGCUUAAGAUUGUGCCUAAAGGGCAAGAGGCCAAGGAUGGCAAGGGAGAGAGCACUGCUACUUGA